AUGUGGGCAGCUGAGACAAUGUCGCACUACCUCGAGUUUCUGAAAACGGAAAUCCGCCGCAAGAGGCAGUCCCUCCAGCUGGAUGCCACACACAAGGCCCUGGUGCUCUGCGACGCAGCGUCCGUGCACUCCACCGCACGGUUCGCCAAGAUUCGCAAGACCUUCGAGAAGGAGGCAAAUGCAAUCUUGAUCCACGGCAAGGACGAAGAUGGCGACGGGCUGCACAUUCCUGGGGGCUGGGGCGCAGCUGGAGCCCCCAACGACGCGUGGCAUCAGUUUUUCCACUCCAUUCGGCGGAGUUGGAUGAGGGUCGCAUCGGGUUCAGCAGACAUCGCAGCCUUGCGGCGAGUGCUGCACACAACCGAGCUUUCCGUGGACGGCAACCCCAGGUUUGAGCUGACGAUCCAGAACAGCUUACGAGCUGACGCGUUCGCCCUCCAGCAGAUCCAAAAUUACCGCAGUGGCAAAAUCCUGGCGUGGGCAUGGGUCAGUCGGGGGCUGGUCACCAAGCAGCAGUUUGCUGAUGCUCGCUUUGGCGGGAACCUGGAGAAGGCUCAGAAUGCCAUUAAGUCCGCUCCAGGCGAACUCAGUGAGAUCAUCAACAUGGAACUCACCAAGGAAAUCUCGCUCGAGAAGGAGAGCCAGGCCAUCCAGGAGGCAGGUGAGCCGCUGCCGGGGGAGGUCAGCAGCGUGUGGUGCAUCCAGCUCAACGCGGACUCCGAAGUGAUCCCUCUGCCUUCCUGGUUCCGUGUCCCACUGCAGCACGUCUUGUGCGGCUGGAUGGAACAAGCCAUGCAGUGGGACAAGAAACUAGAGCAGCGGCGCCAGGCUGGCAGGGACCUGACCGCCCAGCAGCAGCUGAAGUAUGACGCCUGGGUUGGCCAGACACAGCGCCCCCUGGUGUUUAACAAGCGGACAGGGCGCUUGGUUGCCAACCCAGGGAAGGAGACGCUCUCAAGACUAAAGAAAGAGUGUCUCCUCGUCAUCCUGCAUUUGUCCCGCCAUGCCGAGGAGCUUAGGCUCACAGCAGGAAACGGGCAGCUGUAUAAGCUGAAGCUGCUUGAGAUCCCCGCUUCCAAAGUCUCCAGCACCAGCGUGGUGCCCGAGCAAGUGGACCAUUUCUCAGGCGAUAUGCUGCACCAGCACGAAGGUGAUCAGGAGGGCGAGGAAGAGGGUGGGGAUGGCACGGCCAGUGAAGCUGAUGAGCUCGUCAUGGAGGGCGAGUCAGAGUGGGUGGACCCUGACGUUCAUGCGGCCGCUGAGGAAGAAGGGUGGGGCGACUUGCCAGACAGCGAGUCUGACGAGGCUGAAGACACGCCGGAGGCGGCGAAAUCCAAGCAGCAUUGCCCGCAUGUCCUGGCGCUGCGAACGCAGCCCGAAUACCUCAGGCUGCGUGACCUGAACUUGCACACCCGUCCGGAUGGCUGCAUCCUCUCCAUCCACUUGGACGGGCGAUGCUGGCGGUCGCAGGCGGAGGGCUGCCCCCACUACUCGCGCAGCUACAAUGGUGUGAAAUCCCGGAAUUCGUGGCAGGCACUUUUGCGCGUGAUGGAGCUGAUGUUGCAAGAUUAUUGCGCGUCGCACCCAUCCGACAAGCACGCAAAAUCCCAGCUGAGCAGAAUCAGAAAGCUGCGGGCAGAAGAGCCUGCGCACGACGACUGA